GCCUCUCGCCUCUGCAGCUGCGGAGGAUGUCCCCGGGGUUUCCAUUAUGCGACCUUUGAAGGGGCUUGAUCCAAAUUUAUACGAGAACCUCGAGUCGACGUUCCGUCAAGAAUAUCCGAAUUACGAGGUUUUCUUUGCGGUGUCGGAUGAGCACGACCAGGCUCUUGGAGUAGUGCGGGAUCUCAUCGCGAAAUACCCGCAUGUUAAUGCGCAUGUCCUCAUUGGCGAGGAGAACAUUGGAGUUAAUCCAAAGGUCAACAACCUUGUCCAGGCAUACCGUCAAGCCGCUCACGACAUAAUCUGGGUCCUUGAUUCCAAUGUUAUGGUGGAUCCCGGUACUCUUGCGCGUUCCGUGGACGCUCUGGACGGCCCUUCGUCGGUCGCGCAACCAAAGCGCAAGCGCAUAGCCCUAGUCCACCACGUUCCAUUCGCUUUCGCAACAGAGGCGGCCCUCGGCUCCCACGUCGAGCAAGCCUUUCUGAACACGAAUCACGCGAAGAUGUACAUUGCAAUCAACACGGUUGCGAUUGAUUCAUGUGUCAACGGCAAGUCGAACCUGUAUCGCAGAAGUGACCUGGAGCGUGUGGAUGGCACACUUAAGCCGGUCUCGUCCUCGGGCUCCACUCGUGACAAAGGCUUACCCGCAUUCGGGCGAUUUUUGGCCGAAGACAACAUGAUUGGCCUUGCGCUAUGGCACGAGCUUGAUGUCCGCCACGACUUGUCCUGCGACGUAGCCCACAACGCUGUUGGUAGCAUGUCCCUUGCGGACUACUUCUGGCGACGCGUGCGAUGGAUUCGAGUCCGGAAGUACAUGGCGUUCGCUGCAACAAUGGCGGAGCCCUUCACGGAGUCCAUUGUCGCUGGCUGUAUAGCAGCUGCGUCUCUGCACUACCUUCUGGGUUUUCCCAUCUGGCUAUUCUUUCCCCUACAUUUCCUCACGUGGCUACUCGUUGACUUGGACGUCUAUGAAUCGCUGGCCGGACACCCGGUUCCUCCAGGAUUAACGAGGUGGAAGUUCAUUGGUGCUUGGGCACUGCGCGAAGGGCUGGCAUUGCUUAUCUGGUCGUAUGCCAUCUGGGGUAGCACAGUAGACUGGCGAGGGAAGAAGUACGUGGUAAUGCGUAACGGCGAGGUACGGAAGGCCGGUCGAGAUGAUGUCAAUAAAUGGCAGCGCUGGAUACAUCGGACGUCAUCUCGAGAAGAUGUGGCACAGUAUGAACCAAUAGAACUUGCGCAAGAUUGAGUAUGUACAUCGUAUAACCGAUACAAUAGUCCCAUUUGUCCGUACAGCUUGUUUAUGCCGUGUUACAUUCUCUGCGCGCAAUAAUCUAUUCACUGGAAGGGCUCAGGGAACGAUGGUGGCUUGGACGGUGUAGCUACGCUUUCGGUGGAUGCAAAGGGUGAGCGCUUAUACAGACCGGGACUCGGGGUCGGAUUGGCAGGAGGGGUGGGCAGAGGACCAGGCUGGCCAGAGGGGGUGGAAGCAGAUGUACGGGCCUGCGCAGCACCAAGUGACGAUUGGACGGCGCCCAUCGCCCAUGGUCCAUAUUUGUGGAAAAGGUCAGUACCCAUGGACAAGAUAUUUGCGGGGGAUUGCUGUGCGCCGGUCUGAGGGGGCGUCUGUGAAGGCGCAGACGUGGAAGUCGGAGCGUUCCCGCCGGCUGUGUUCGAGGCCUUCGUAGCAAUACGCCAGGUGGCAUCCCAAAGAGCAGCCGCCUUUUCCUGAACAUAUGAGACUACGUUUGUCUGUGCUGCAGCGAUACCAGCGUCGAUGUCUGCCUCGUUUUUCCUGAAGUAAGGGUCCAGGUAGGUCUGAUAGACCCAUGACGAUCCCGAAGUCUGAGGUAGCGAUAGGAAGAGAAGAAUGAGCGUCCGCAGCUCCCAGUAGAAUGGAAACCAGCUGAUAAACCACUCUGCCACAUUUUCGAAAGCAACGAGUGCACCAAUACAUGUCCAAUGCAUGCAACAUCUUUCCAGCUCAGAUUCUGAAAGGGGUCUGUGCGAAAGGGCCUUCCAGGUCGAAUAUGCCGGUACUAGGAAUGCAAACCAAGCACCCAUAACUCUUGAGACCAUUGCCAUUAACAUCUUAAGGAGAUUGUGGUGGUCGUGU